AUGGCACUCUUUCGCGAGGUGGUGCCCACUGUAAACUCAAUGUGUGCGAACAAAGACGCCUUCUUCGAACAGCCUCUGAAGGCACAUCGAGCUCCAGUCGCCUUAUACACGACCUGGAACUUAGCGUAUCGGCUAGAACGGCGGCGCCAUGGCACAGCGUCACACAAGUUUGCUCAAGUCGAGCGGGCGAAAAGCCAUGUCGACCUCGGGUUGGAAUGGAGCCAAGUCGUCUUCUCUGAUGAGAAAAAGUUUAACCUGGACGGGCCAGACGGACUACAAUACUACUGGCAUGGCAUGCGCAUGGAAGAGCAGACUAUCUGCCUCAGUUCUGCUUAA